CCAAAUCAGCGGGAAGCCGCAAAAUAGUGAUGCAUCUCAAAUUAAGAUCUACGAAGAAUUAUGUAUCCGCUCAAAAUAUAAUUAGCCUUUAUUUGGACAUUUAUUAUAUCAUAUUUGUGGCAUUUUUAUAAUUGUAGUUUCAAAAAAUCGUUUGAACAUCAACGCAAGGAACAUGCUGAAGCCAUUAAACGUCUUCAGAAAAUAGGUAACUACGAACGUUUGUAUAAGAUGAUUUUAGUUAUUGGUGAAAAGAUGAUUGAUACGAUCGAGGUAAAUAAAGCAUUAAUCGCAAAUGAAGAUUUCAAUCCAGAUGAUAGAUUCUUGCCACAAAAUGUUACUAUACAAACUGCAAUAUCUACUGUCUUAGAAAACACGGCAUUCUUUGGAGAUAUUCUUCUUCAUUUUCCUCAUUUUAUUCACCGUAUACUUAAAGCGCAACAAAAAUGGAAUCCGAUCAUAAAUUGGUCCUUAAAUUUUACGUAUCGUACUAAAUAUUUGUUAGAUUCGGAAACUGUUGUUAAAAUUCAUUUAGCAUCUCAAGAAUUAAACGUUAUAAAACGCGAACAGGGAUAUUUCAAUCCUUAUUGGCAGCCUACUGACGCUCAAGAAGGAGACAACGGGAAGAUAAAGAAAAAGAAAUCGGCUACAAAAGGAAAACAGAAGAAGGGGCCACAACUGACCAAGAAAGAUGGCUGGUUAUCCAGUUCGAAAAUAUCCGAGGAGUAUCUAAAAAUCGUCAUGAAUCCAGGCUUUCUGCAGACUUUACUCGAAACCGCUAUCAGCUUUAGUGCGAAUAAAAGCGAAGAUUUCUCGGACGAUGGAGACGGUGCGGUGGUAGAAAGUGGUCAGCCAAUGAGCUAAGAACGGUUCCUACCG